CGCGCAUCGCAGCUGGCUGGCCACUCGUUCCCGGCGCGCGACAGAUGGAGUCGGUUUGAGAACCAGAGAGAGAGAGGGAGAGCCUUUCUAAGGGAAAACGCGAAGAAAUUCCUAUUUUUCUUUUAUCUGCAAUGAGAGCGGAACAAAGUGAGAAUGGAGAAAAGUCAACGCACUCGCUCAAACUGCUAAUGGAGCAGCUGAAGGAGAUCACCGGCAUCCAGGACCAACAGGUUCUCUACAAAGCCCUGAAGGCCAGCCAGGGGGACGUUGGACAUGCUGUGGGACUACUGACAACCCAGAGUGUGGAGGUUCAGGACUCUGCAGAGCCUCAGGACUCAGGGACGUCUGCAGAGACCUGGGACAGCCAGAGAGGACUUCCCAAAGAUGAGCUGCAGACGGCCAUCGAACUCAGUCUGCAGGAAUCUCACAACGCAGAGCAAGAAGAGCGUGAAUUCCACCGGGCUCUGGAGGCCAGUGCUGAAGAAAAUACUGCCCGUAUGAAGAGGAAGAGGUGUGAAGCACAGAGCGAGAUGUGCAGCCCUGCAGACUGGAUCCGUCAGGACGACUGGCCCGUCGGCAUCCGCAACGUAGGGAACACCUGCUGGUUCAGUGCCGUCAUCCAGUCACUCUUCCACUUACCCGUCUUCAGGAGGCUGGUUCUCAACUACCAUCUGUCAGAACAAGUUCUGGAGAAGUGUAAGAGCCAUGCGGACAAGAGGAACAUAGCUUUCAUGCAGGAGCUGCGCUGCCUGUUCGCCCUCAUGUUGGGAUCCACUCGCAGGUUUGUGGACCCCUCCGCUGCGGUGGAGUUACUGCGAGACGCCUUUAGGACCAGCGAGGCUCAGCAGGAUGUCAGCGAGUUUUCCCACAAACUGCUUGACUGGUUGGAGGACGCAUUUCAACUGGCAGCCAAUGGAAAGAGCGCAGAAGACAAGCAGCAGAACCCACUGGUCCAGCUGUUCUACGGCACCUUCGUGACAGAGAGGCGACAUGAAGGCAAGACGCUGUACAACAUCGAGCAGUUCGGGCAGUACCCCCUGCAGGUCAACGGCUUCAGCAACCUGGAUGAAUGCCUGGAAGGCGCCAUGGUUGAGAAGGAGAUCGAGUCGCUGCACUCGGAUCACACCGUCACCUCUGGACGAGAGAGGUGGUUCAAGAAACUGCCGCCGGUCCUGACUUUUGAACUUUCUAGAUUUGAGUUCAACACUCAGCUCGGGCGUCCGGAGAAGAUCCACAAGAAAUUAGAGUUUCCACAAAUCAUUUACAUGGACAGAUAUCUGCACAAAAACAUAGAACGGACCAAUGAGAGGAGAGGCGAAGUGAAGAAACUCAAGGAGCAACUCGCCGUCCUUCAGCAGAAACUCGUGUGUUAUAAAAACUACGGCUCAGGACCGGUGAAGUACCCUCUGGCCGACAUGCUUCAGUUCGUUCUGGAGUUCGCCACCACCAAACCCUCCAGCGUGUCCCCAGCCGAAGACCCGCGACUCGCCACGUCUUCACCGCCUCCUGCGAGCCACCCUCUCUCCGAGGCCACGGCCAAAGACAGCAGUGAACCCGGAGAUAAAGAUCCGUCAGAGGGUCUGCCCUCCAGCGUCUCCAGCUGCCAGCAGACGCCCAUUUACAAGCCCUUCACCCAGUGUAAGCUCCCCUCUGACUGCCCGCCACACCCGGCGCCUCACAGCGCCACCGAGGAAGAGCUGCACUUCGUUAAGGCCUGCCUGCGGCGCUGGAGGGCCGAAGUGGAGCACGACAUAAACGAGUUAAAGACCACCAUAGACAAGCUCACUCAGACGCUGGAAGGCAUGUACUCAGACAACAGUCUCUGCCAGGUGCCCUACAGACUGCAUGCGGUGCUCGUUCACGAAGGUCAGGCGUCGGCGGGUCAUUACUGGGCGUACAUCUACGACCACGCCAACCGCCGCUGGAUGAAGUACAACGACGUCAGCAUCACCGAGUCCUCGUGGGAGGAGCUGGAGAGAGACUCGUUUGGCGGGAUGACCAACGCCAGCGCGUACUGCCUGAUGUACAUCGACGACCGGCUGCCCCAGCUGAUCACAGAAGACACAGAUGAUGAGACGGGCCAGGUGCUCCACGGCAUGGACUCCCUGCCGGCCGCCCUCAGACGCUACGUCCAGGAGGACAACCGCUGGUUCCAGCAGGAGCUCAGCGAGUGGGAGGAGCAGUUCUGCCAGACCGCCACCCCGCAGGAAGAGUCCGCGACCGCCGCGGGGCCGCCAAGCUCCGGCGUGGAGAGUCCGCAGCAGACCGCCGUCGAGCCGGCGCCGCAGUCUGGACCUUCACCUGAAGAGCCGGACCAAGGAGCAGCUUUAGAGCCGCGGUCAGGUUCAGAGGAGGAGACUGCAGACGGUGAUGCCAGAGAGACGCCUGAAGCAGCCGAGGAUUCGGAGCUGUCGCCUCCAUCGGCGAGUCCUGAUGUCCAAGCAGACGCCACCGACAGUCCCGCUGUCAGCGACACCCUGGAGCCGGGCCCAAACCCAGCGGAGCUGCAGAGUCAGACCCGUGGCUUGGAUACGGACCUCGGUUAUCCGCCGCCGUCUGAGCUCCAUGUGCGUGGGGAGGUAGCGGCCCUGACCUCCGACCCUCCAGAUGAGGCCGAAGCUUCUGGGGAGGCUCCUGGACACGGAGCAGACUUGGGAGACAAGGAGCAGCAGGAGCAGCAGGAGGAGGAGGAGGAGGAGGAAGAGGAGGCUCCAGCCAGGCAGAGGCAGCCUGAGAACGAGGUCUCAGAGGUGGAGAUCCCCAACGUGGGCAGGAUCAUGGUGAGGGCGGAUGCUGAUGGAUACAAUGAGGAGAUGAUGCUCACCCCGGCGAUGCAAGGUGUCAUCCUGGCCAUAGCCAAGGCCAGACAAACGUUUGACAAAGAAGGCCCCGAGGCGGGCCUCAUCAGGGCCUUCCAUGAGGAGUACUCCCGCCUGCACGAGCUCUCCCAGGAGGAGAUCACGCCCCAGGAGGACGCGCGUCUGCAGCACGCUCUGGUUUACUUCUUUCAGAACAAGGCGCCCAAGCGCGUCAUCGAGAGGACGCUGCUGGAGCAGUUUACAGACCGCAACCUCAGCUUUGACGAAAGGGCCAUCAGCAUCAUGAGGGAAGCCCGGGCCAAGCUUCGCCUCAUCAAGCCAGAAGACAUGGACAUGGAGGAAUACAUGCUGUGGCAUGACGCCUACAGGGACUUCAGGACGGUGUUUGUCUAUUUGCUGACCGGGCUCGAGCACUACCAGCACGGAAAGACGCGAGAGGCUUUGAACUACUUGGCUCAUGCGUAUGAGACUAACGCCACCCUGCUGAGAAAGGGAGAGAAACGUGGUGUGGACAAGGCUCUCAUCGCAGUUUACAGAAGAAAGUGCCUCACCGCGCUGAAUGAGAGCGCUUCCCGCCUGUUCUGCAGCGGAGAAGACGCCAAGGUGGAGGAGGGUCUCUCCAUCAUGGACGAGGCUGUCAUUCCCUGCCUUCACCUGAUGAGCCGGGACACAGCUUUAUCUCAGGAGGACCGGGAUGCUAUGGAGAACAUCCGCAGCCACUGGUGCUGCUGCCUGGGCCAGGACAUGGACGAUUCACUGCAGGUAAAGUUGGGUGAGUUGCUACCCCGGGUCCUGGACGGUUCUACCGGCACGGUCGUACUGAAAGAUCCUCCAAAAGUCCACUUCAACCAAGCCCACGACCUGUGCAGCCGCCUGGCUGCUGUCAUGGAGUCCAUUCACAACACCACCGUGGUAGCUGUGAAGUAAAGUCCUGAUGGAAACCCACAAGAACGUCUGGGAACUGAACAUCUUCAGCAGCAGCAGCAGCAGCUCAGCAGGCAGAGCGGUCUGAACUGAACGGACAGUAGGGUUGAGACCAGCGUGUGGUAUCUAGUGUCUGCUGGCUAGCAAUUGCACAAGUAGAAAAUCUGAUGUGACAUAUACGGCAAUCACUCGUCGUGGUUAGAUAGGAGAACAUGCACAAAUACACGUUCAUCGACAAUAAAAAAAAAAGAACUGAAUCUGAAGUGGCUGAAGAAAAUGAUUCAGUCCCUUCAGUUUGCUUUCUCCCUGCUCACCUAACGAAGCGACCUCCAUCCAUCACACAAACACUAACAGUCCUUCAACCUUUUGCAGGCAAAACGAAAGAUGCCCGAAAGGCCACCUAAUUUCUCCUAAAGUGCCAACGUAUGUUUAGUGACCAAUAUCACGUCGCGUCUGUAUGUUUUACACUUGAAUCUGUCGUACACACACAAAACUGAUGCCGAGUGUAAACAGUGAAAGUCCAGUAAUGGUGAGAAGAAUCUGAGGCUUUUGCAUUUCAGGACAUCAUAAAACAAAAUGAUUGGGCCUUUAUGAUUCAAAUUUAACUCCAACUGAUUCCAGGUUCAAUAUUUUCUAAACAAAGAUGGAAACAAAAUGGAAAAGCUGCGUGGCAAUCACCCGACUGACCGGUCAGCUCUGUAAAAGCAGGAGUUACCUGGUCUGGAGCAGCAGGU